UCCUUGUUAUGUUGACAAAUGCAUCUUGCUUGACAAAUGCUUUUAAGAUGAUGCAAAAAUGAUUCAUACUGACUCACAAAGAUAACCCAGUUGUUACAGAUGUUAAGUUGUUGUUACGUGGUUGCUUGGUGGCUGAUCCAUAAAUGGAUAGAUUGAGUCACUGAGUCAAGAAGGUAGUUGCUCAAUAUGCCCACUCCCCAACACAGCCGUUCCUCAGCCUAUAUAACAACUGACUCCAGCACAGAAACACAAGUUGCUGUGCAAGAUGAACGUUUUGCAGAGAGCUACCUGAAGAAAUUCUUCAACCUAACAGAGGAGACAGGUCCAUCUAGCAGACGGGGGAUCAGCCCGGUGAGCAGGAAGCUGAGUGACAUGCAGCGAUUCUUUGGUCUCCAGAUCACUGGGAGGCUGGAUGCUGAUACCUUAGAGAUGAUGAAGAAGCCCCGCUGUGGCGUUCCAGACGGCAACAUUGCCAGUUUCUCCACUUUUGGAGAAAACCUCAAGUGGACUAAGAACAGCCUCACCUACAGGAUAGAGAUGCAUGGUGAUUAUUACCCCUUUGAUGGUCCUGAUGGCACUCUUUCCCAUGCCUUCACUCCAGCGCCUGGAAUUGGAGGAGAUGCUCAUUUUGAUGAAGAUGAGAGGUUCACUUUCACCUCAAACAAUGUCCAAACCCAGACAAGGAUCCUUUUAAGCCUGAACCUGAGCCUCCAACCACCCCUGAUGCCUGUGAUCCAACCAUGGUCUUGGACGCUGUCGCCACCCAGCGAGGAGAGCUUUCCAGCACAGAGGUUUUGCUUACAUCUACAGUGGACCCUACAUGUUUAAGUACAGCCUGAGGACAGGGAGGUUGUAUCGUGCGCUGAGGAACAGCUACUUCUUGCGCUGCACUAACUUCUAGGCCAGUUUACUAGCUAAGUUGUUUAUGUAGCCACUCUGAAUGAAUGGACACUAACAGUGUUCAAAUAGUACAUUUACAUAUUUCUAUUAUUCUAAAUAUUAUAUUUUCUACAUUUAGUUAUAUCAAAUGUAUUUAGAUGUGUUCCCAUACAGCAUUCAAAGUAUAUAUAUAAAUAUAGUAAAAUGUGAAAUUAUUUUUAUACUCUAUAUUGUCUACAUGUCUGUAUUGUAUACUGCAACAUUGAUGCUGUGUAUGACACUUUUCAGUCAUCCUGGAAAUUGGAUAUUUAGUAAAAAAUUAAAUCUGAGAGGCUUCUACUGUCAGGA